UCGCGGAUCACAGGAGUUGUUCGGUGUCGCGAGGAACGGAAACCAAAAAAUUUCUCACGGUCGAUCUUAGGCGUCCAUGUAACCAUCGGCGGACCACGGCUAGCAGCCUUAAGCACUCCGCCUCCGUCUCCUCCUUGACACGUUCGCCGUUUAUACGAGCGGAGUGUGCAGUCACGAGCUGCGGAAGCGAGGAGUAGUGAGGCCUGAGGUGAGGCAGGAGGAGGGAGAGAUGAGCGGAGACGACGGCGACAAGGCCAAGGCUUGCGGCGGCGGAGGGGAGUACGAGACGUUCCGGGGGCCUCCCAGCUACCCUCCCCCGCACCCGCCGGUCGUCGGGUACCCGCAGCCCGCCCCGCCGCCCGGCCUCUAUGGCCAGCGCGAGCCCUACUCCCGCAACCGCGGCGGAUACCAGGCCGGGACAGGCUACCCUCGCUACAAUUGCUGUGAUCAUUGGGGCUACCACUGGACCUAGUGUUUAUUGAUCUCAGUUUAUGCAUGUGUCACUGUACAUACUGUACAUUUCAUGGAUGCACAAAGAUUCCAUAUCAUAUCUUCUGCACUGCAAUGUAGUCACUAUUUUGAUUUUAAAAUUUGCGUAUUCAAUGUAUUACAGGGAGAACAAUGUCCUUGUAAAUGGUCAUAAAUUCGACUGAGACGACUUUGCCGUGUGAAUGCUCGACAUCUUUGCCUUCUGAAUGCUCGAACAACCUUGAUCCAAAAGAAAAUUUGUAAUUUUGGCUUGGUUUGCCAUUGCCAGCUGGUUCAAGUCUGAUCUAAGAACAAUCUUGUAAGGAGAACUAUAUAGAAGGUUUCUACGGAAUUUUAGUUUCAUAAAAGAGAUGUGGUUUGUUUUAUCACCGCCAUGUGCCAGUUGGUUCAAGUCUGAUCUAAGAACUACUGCACACCCGAUGAGGAGAACUAUAUAUAGAAAGUUUGUAACAAAAUUUUAAUUUCAGAAAAGAUCUACAGGAUAAGACAGAGUU